UAUUUUGCCGCAGGUCACGGUUAGUAAACUUUCGCGUCGGAAGUCUUGCAGGCCUCUUUUUGGACCUAAAGAAUAGAAAGGAAUUCAAUCGUGAAGUCAAGUUUUAUGCCUAGUUUUUCGUCAGAAUGGUACAACUUUCUUUUUUAAAGUGCUUGGCGAAGCUUGCAAGGUUUCGAAAGACCGCAGUCUUGCUUCUCGUUUGGAUCAUGACUGUAAACAUGUUUCUAGCUUUCUUAUGGACUCAUCCAUCGUCAAAGGAGAAGAAGCAUUGGCUAGAGUGGGUAGAUAUAGUAAAUAUUACAAUGACAAAAACGUACACGAGAAAAGACAUCCGUGAUAACCCACAGAGAACAACAACAGCUGUGCAAAACAAAGACACACUACCUCAUCAGUUUGUUUUGAAUUCAGGAGAAAUUAAGGCGUUARAUUAUACCGAUUUUCAAGUUAUUGAUYCCAUAGCUUCUGAAAUCAGGGAUUCGAGCGCUUUGUUUGUGCUUGUUGUACCACGAGGGCUUGCUCCAACGAAUAAUUACGUAAAUUCAAUGAACCGAUUAGAUAAAGUGUCGUUAAUGUUGUCUGGAAAAGUAUUGCAAGCAGUUCACGAUCUUGAUGGGAUAGCUUGCCUACCGCGAAAUCUUCAAACAUCGUGGAGUGAACGAAAGUAUUUUAUAGAGGAAGACUGGAAGCGUUUAUUUAAUUCAACAUGGUGUAACUUUGCUAGAAGUGAAUGGAGUAUUCAAAUACGAAACAGUGGACUGCUGAAAAAGAUAAUAUUCAAAUCUACAAAAGGACUUGAUAGCGAACUGCAUCAUGGGAUUGUGAUACAAAUUUGUAACAUUUUCAAUGGUCCAUUCCUCUUAAGAAGAGAGCAAUUUGAUAAGCUUAGAGGUUUUAAUCAAUUUGGCCGCCUUUCUCUGCUUGAUUUCUUCUUGCGUUCAAAUGGCAAAUUAAAGAUAGGAAAGUUUGGGGGUUGUUUCUAUAGCAACAAGUUGUUUUAUCUUGACAGAGGSCGACUUGAAGGCACUCACGACUUCCCAGAAUAUUCAAAUUUUGGUGCGGCACAUGGGAUACUUCGUAUUAUCAUGGAAGACCGAAUAGAAUGGACAAAAUGUGUGGCUAAUGAUCGACUUUGCAAAGAAAAGCCAUAUUUCCCCCCUUCUUCACUCCCUCAAAUUGGUCAACCAAUAUGCUGUAGUGUUGUACUAGGGCAAAUGCUUAAAGACAUUGUAGCAGUUUUCACAAAGCUUGGAAUCAAAUAUAGRUUGCUGUAUGGUACAUUAUUAGGCGCUGUGCGAAGCGGGGCCAUAAUACCAUAUGUACAUGAUCUUGAUUUUGCAGUUGAUGAUCAUUAUGGCCUUAACUGGAGUAACUAUGACACUUUACAACCAUAUUUUACUGACAGAUAUUCAAUAUCAAGUAAAUCAUUCAUGGGCAUGCCUCGGCUUGUAUCACAUAUGCCAGCUCACUUAAACAUUAAUACRUCUACUUUUUUUGAUGGUGAAUUAGACGUUGAAGGAAAGAAGUUCUUCAGUGAAGAGAUUUUGACAUCAAUUCGUGGUCUUUUACCUUUUAGUUCCUCAAACUGGAGAACAAGAGGAUACACAGACUUUUACCGGGGGCAAGGUGUUUGGUGGAAUGACUCAUCGAUAGUGACAGUUGAUGGCUUGAAUUACACAGCAAUGAAAAGAAAGGAAUAUGAAUGUGAAUUGUGGUAUGGAAAGAAUUGGAGAACGCCCAUUAUGACAAGUUUUGAAUCACAAAGUGAUGCAGGAGCAGUAUGACAUUCMAUGCAACAUUGUAUUUAAGUCCAAGGUCMUSUCUUGUUAAGUUAUUUAUAUGUAAACAUGUUUAUUUAAGAUGCAAUAAAGUAUGGCCGAACCCCAAAUAAAAUUUAAAAAGA